UGUCUGCCUCCUUCGAGGCUUCUUUUUGACUCUCCAUCUCUUACAAAAUCAAUGGAGAUCGCCCGACCAAUUCCAGCCCAGAACGGACUAGCAGCUUUCCAGCCAUCACGAGCCAUCUUGGCCUCUAGAGUUUCGCGUUUAAACCCUCUCAUAAGGGCAUCAUCAGCUGCGACUCAGACCUUAGCUAUCGAGUCUUCUUCUACUACUACUACUACUCAGAUCCAUCUCUCUAAUCUCGAGAAGCUGCUCCAGAAGCAGACCCCUCCGCUCUUACAAUAUAAUUCACAGCCUCUGGAUAAGGAUUCCGGCAAUGGGUCAUCACGGGAAAAAAGGUUCAGGAAUCUCUUUGAAGGUUUGAAUUUGGAGAAAAUCUUGCCGGAGAUGAAGGCGCCGGAGGAGAUGAUGUCACCACGACACAUGAACCGCCUGCAGCGUCUCCUCUCUAAAUCGCCGGAAUAUUCCCCAAGGAAUAAUCUUGGCAGCCGGUGGCGGGAGUACCACGGCUGUAACGACUGGGCUGGACUACUAGAUCCAUUAGAUGAGAAUCUCCGGCGAGAGGUUGUCAGAUAUGGUGAGUUCAUCCAGGCCGCAUAUCAAACCUUCAACUCUAACCCUGCCACGUCGGACGACAAAGCUCCUCUCCCUCGCCAGGUUUCGUUGCCUGAUCGGUCCUAUAACGUGACCAAGAGCCUGUAUGCCACGUCAUCUGUUGGAUUGCCGUCGUGGGUGGAUGACUUAGCUCCCGAUAUCAGUUGGAUGACGCAACGGUCCAGUUGGAUUGGGUACGUGGCAGUUUGUGAUGACAAGAGGGAGAUCUCACGGAUGGGAAGGAGAGAUAUAGUGAUCGCGCUCCGUGGGACUGCCACGUGUCUCGAAUGGGCGGAAAACGUGAGGGACGUCCUGGAACGGAUCCCUGGAGAGGAGAACUCUAGCCAGAUCCAACCGGCCAAGGUGGAGUCCGGGUUCUUGAGCUUGUACAAAACCCCCGGUUCAAACAUGGCAAGCCUGGCCAAGUCGGUGGUCGAAGAAGUACGGAGGUUAAUGGACCUCUACAAGGGUGAGACGCUAAGCAUCACGGUGACCGGUCACAGCCUUGGAGCGGCGUUGGCACUACUAGCCGCCGACGAACUGAGCACGUGUGAACCAGAGAUGCCGCCGAUCGCCGUCUUCUCCUUCGGUGGUCCUAGAGUCGGGAACCGGGCAUUUGCGAACCGGGUCAGCAAUAACGGGGUCAAAGUGUUACGAAUCGUGAACUCACAAGAUGUGAUCACGAAGGUUCCAGGAAUGUUUGUGAGCGAAGAAUUGGACCAGAAGUUGAGGGAAAAUGCCAAGGUGGCAGGAGUGGUGAACGUGUUGGAUAACAUGCCGUGGGCCUACUCACAUGUGGGGACAGAGCUCCGCGUGGAUAGCAAAAUGUCACCAUACCUUAAGCCAAAUGCUGACGUGGCUUGUUGUCAUGACUUGGAGGCUUACCUUCACUUGGUGGAUGGGUUCAUGGCUUCUGACUGUCCCUUUAGAGCAAAUGCCAAGAGAAGCCUGGCGAGAUUAGUUGAUGAACAAGGGUCAAAUGUGAAGAAAUUGUAUAUAAGCAAAGCCAAGGACUUGAGAUUGAAUCUUGACAACCUGCAAGCAGUUACAAUCCCAAGUUGUUUGCCAAGUCCAUCGUGACUGGUCAUCUAUCUAACUUUGACCAUGAUUAGAUCGGGCUGGUUGGCUCGAGGCAUCAUAGCGGUUGGGCCGGAACAUGCGGUGGUCCAUAUUUUUCUGGACCAUGAGCUUUGUUGGCGUGCCAUUUUUUAUUUUUAUUUUUAUUUUUAAAUCUUCUUUUCUCUUUUUUAUCAUACAAUAAUACAAUUUAUUGGCCUAA